AUGUCGCCAAACACUUCUCCUGCCGCUAAGCGCAAGCGCAGCGCUUCUCACCUUCCCGCCAUCAACAAGUCCGUGGCGGCUGACCUCCAGCCCUCCUCGCGCGACGCGUCCGGCGAGGAUGGUGACGACUCAACCGGCACUCCCAAUGGCGAUGCCCCCAGUCACCCUUCCAAGCGUGUUCGCAAGAGCCUCGAUGCCACCCAGUCGAAGACCAACGGCGCCCCCAUCUCCAAAGAAGACCCCGGCGAGCCCUCCGAGACAACCGUUGCCAGUAGCGAUAUCGAGGACCCAGCGAGGUCCAGACCUGGUCUGCACAUCGACCUGCCUGAAAAGGAGCCCGAAGUUCAGAUGGCCCCGCCGGUCGUCGGCCGUCUGCAGGAUCCCGUCGGCUACCACACCAACCCUCCGCCAACGGGCCGUUCAGUGCGCGUUUACGCUGAUGGUGUUUUCGAUUUAUUCCAUCUUGGUCACAUGAGACAGCUCGAGCAGGCCAAGAAGGCUUUCCCCGAUACUUGGCUCAUCGUCGGUGUCACUGGCGAUGAGGAGACACAUCUGCGCAAGGGUCUGACGGUCCUCAGCGGCGCUGAGCGCGCGGAGACCAUCCGUCACUGCAAGUGGGUUGACGAGGUCAUCCCCUGCUGCCCCUGGAUCGUUACCCCGGAGUUCCUCUCGGAGCACCAGAUUGACUAUGUCGCUCACGACGAUCUGCCCUACGGCGCCGCUGAGGGCGACGACAUCUACGCUCCUAUCAAGGAGCAGGGCAAGUUCCUGGUCACCCAGCGCACAGAGGGUGUCAGCACCACUGGUAUCAUCACACGUGUCGUCCGUGACUACGAUCAAUACAUCUCUCGUCAAUUCAAGCGCGGUGCCUCCCGCCAGGAGCUCAACGUUUCCUGGUUGAAGAAGAACGAGCUUGAGAUCAAGCGCCAUGUCGUCGAGCUGCGUGAUAACAUCCGCAACAACUGGACCAUGACUGGUCAAGAGCUUGGCCGUGAACUGCGUCAGAUCUGGCAGAACUCCCGUCCCAACAGCCCUGCGCCUAGUGCCCGCAACUCCAUGGAUUGGGGUGUCAACCGCGGUCCUCUUACUAGCCCGACUGGCGGUAGCAAGAGCCACCUGUCUCGCGUUGGUGGUGAUAUUCCCGCCCGGCCCGAUAGCCCCAUGGGCUCGCGCCGCAACGAUGACUUCGCUACCGGAUACAGUCUUGGUCUGGUUGGGGGUGUGCGCGCCUGGAUGGCUCGCAGCCGCCAAUCCCUCCAGGAGCCCCCUAGCGGCAUGCACUCCCCCACGGAUGAGGAGAUCGACUCGGAGCAGAAUGGCUACGACGAGGAAGAGCGCGGUCGUGCCGGCCACGCCAGCCACGCUGACCGCGUCCCUGCCCAGUAA